UACGAGAAUAGUAAUCACAAAACAAGGGAAACCACCGGAGCCGAAUUGGGUGCUCUUUACCGCAUUCUAUUACGCAGGGCUAAAGCAACAUGGCAGCCGCCACAGAAACUGAAGUUACUAAUGUAAAGUCAGACGACAUGCAGUCACAACCAGUGUUGCUAACAGAGGGAAGUUUCAGUGUAGAAAAAGAUUGUGUAGAACAAAAACAGGACGCAGAAGGUGAUGCUGCGGAUGAAACGUUGAGCCAGAAAAUCGACAGAUUAGAAGAACUGAACAAGGAGGAAGAUCAGGACGAGUUGAAGUACGUGCCGCCGCUUCAAGAUCCGUACUCACGCUCAGUCAAGUACAUGGAGAAACAUAACAUUAUGCAAAUAUUUCAGCACCUUACUGCAGAGAUUGUUUAUCACAAACCUACCGAUCCCUUACAACACAUGCUGGAAGAGCUGACCAGGAUGGUAGCAGAGAGAGACGCAAAACGGGAGGAAACACUCAAGAGUGCUGGGGUCGUGUGAAGACUUUGAUACCACCAUCAUCAUGUCUGGUGCUUAUCAACCGUGGAAACAAUUAACACCUUCAUUCAUUUUCAAUGACCUUUGACAGUGCAAAGAAUUAGUCCAUAUUUGGAACCAAAGGCAGAUGUGCAUAAACAGUGUGCUCAAUGCUGCAGUUUCUUUUGCAAGUAAACUAAUAUCUGACUUGGAGUUACAGACUUUGUAUCAGCAUUACUGUAAUAUGUAUCUGAUAGAAUUAUUUUUUGUUAUUGUUGGAGAAAGUGGCGAUGAAGAAGGAAUCGUUCGAGUAUGCAAACAACACUGUAUUUGUGUCCUGAAUUAAUUUUCAGAUCUUGGUAUUCUAAUCAGGAAGUAUGCUGUGAUUUGAUGCACAAUCCUUUGAACUGAGGGAGGAAAAACAUGCGUUAUAUUUUUCUACUGUAAAUAUACAGUACAAUAAUUGAAGUACAUGUAGAUGCACUUACAGAAGCCAGAAUGUAAACAGUGGUACUUUUUCACUGUCAUAUGGCCGGUUUGUUUGGCACGGCUUCGGAUCGCAAUCAGUGAUGCAAAGUUGGUUUGCUAACACCAGAUCACACCCAAUGGAUGGUGGGAACCAGCAUUAGGAUCACUGGUUGAGAUCCAGAUCCAUGUGAAACAAACAGGCUCUUAGAGUAUCAGCUUAACUGUGUGAAAUAUUUGUUCACUUUCAUGACCCAGGUUCAAAGUUCAUGGUUUACAAGUGGAUUGUUUUCUGUUAUGUGUGUAUUUUUUUCCAAAAGAAUAUUUUUCCCACAGGUUUCCUCCUACCUCUAAAACUGAAUGUCUUCAUCAUCCUUUCACAACAUUUCUAAGGUGGGAGCAUUUAUUGUAAGCGCUCUUUUUACCCAUUUGAGUUGUCUGCACCUCAAUACGGAAAUACUGAAAUGUUUUGCAGUAAACUGCAAACCAUUACUAUGAUAUGUGUGUAAAUUGAUAAAAUAGUUCAAAGUAAGAUGACCGUUGAAAGAUUGAAUUAUGGGCAGAGAUUUCUUGUUACAUGUUGGAGGAUGAUUUCUGAAAGGUCAUUCUUGUUCGAAGCAUGACAGGGCACUGGGUCCAAGGUCCCACUUUAAUUAUGGGAAGGCUACCGAUGCACAUAAGUGGCUUGAAAAGUGGAGGGGCAAUUAUAUUGGUAAUCCCUCCAGUCAAAAAGUGUUUGGAUUAUAUCCUUCCUUCCCCCAGGAUCUCCGCCCAAGAAAUUCAAUGGGAGACUUUGAGAUGCUUGGUGGCGACAAACAUACUGGUCCUUUUUACCAGUUCUGAGUAUGCACGCGUUGUUUUGAACAUGCGUGCAUGGUUCUGAGCAUGCGCAAUACCUUGAAAAAGGACCGGUAUGUCUGCUGCCACAAGCAUCUCAAAGUCUCCCAUUAGUGAGGCACGCAGUGGUCACCACUUGAAAAGAACUGUUGCUUAACACGUUAGGUUCCUACUUUAUCGGAAUAUGUGCACUCCAAAGACAAUAUCCUAUAACCUUAAAGGUAUCCUGCAGAUUGUGAAUGCUAAACCUAUGUGUGCAGUGAUGUACUUCAUCUUGAUUAUUAUUUAAUAGUUUAUGCUAUGGUGCUUUUUCUAUAAGAGUUUUGCUUGUAUUGUUUUGCUUCAAAGUAGUUAAGAGUUAAUGUGAUGUUUUGGCUUACUAGCUGGAACAGAUGAAUAAAAUACUGUGUCAGCUAUCCUGACUCAAUUUAGGCUUAAAUCCA